UCAGUCAUCAAUCGUUGAGUGUAACACAGGUAUCGAUAUGGCCUUAACGCUUUCAUCAACCAAAUUUCGCCUUUUAUUGGGCGUCUGCCUGAGUGCAAUAUUGAUCAAUGUUGCUGGAAGCAUGAGUUUUGGAGGAGGGACUGAGGAUAAGAAAACCUGUCGAGUUAGUGAAUUAGAUGUGAAUGAAAAAGGGGAUGAUGACCGACUUGUUCAAAAUGGAGACCCGUUUCUAUAUGGAGAUACAAUUUACACGUGUGUUGAUGGACGAUGGUUAAAUAGAGCCUCUGACAUACCUUCAACACUAAGGAGAAAAAAACGAGGAUGGUCUAGAUUAAAAUGCAAAUGGGGUUGGAGUAGGAAGUGUGACAAGGUCAACAUUCCACCAAAGUUCACCAGCUGUCCACCCAGUGGGGUUGUCAUUUAUGCCGACAGAUUAAGGACUACCGCAAAUCAUAGUUGGACUCAACCUACAGCGACAGACCCCGAACAAGGAGUUUUACCGGUCACGCUGUCUUUUGGAAAGGAAUCUGGAUCGGAAUUUGACAGGGGCUUUCAAGCGAUUACAUACGAAGCUGUAGACAAUGGCGGACAAAGAGCUAUUUGCUCAUUUAGUUUUACUGUAAAAGUAACAUCAUGUUCUCCCAUUAAAUGGCCCGUGAAUGGAAAUGUGAAUUGCCCUCCUGGAGAAUUUCUAUAUGGUACAACAUGUAAUGUGACAUGUCAGAAAGGUUAUGAAAUGGUCCCAAUGACCAAUGAUGGAAUCCAGUCCAUAACCUGUAAUGCAAAUGGCCAUAAAAAUUCCCUGCCGAAUAUCUGCCAACUUAUAGAAUGCCCUUCAAACGAUCCAAAAUUGUAUCCAGAACAUGGAACUGUUUCUUGUACGAAUUCAAACUACUACAACAGUUUAUGUACAACUAAAUGCAAGGAAGGUUAUACUCGCAAAAUGGAAACAGAAACUGUAUGUGGUGAGGACAAAACAUGGUCGAAUAAAACGCCAGAUUGCAAAGAUAGUCAACCUCCUUUGCUGAAACGUUGUCCAGAAAAUAUUUAUACUUAUGCCAACAAAACAGGUCCGUCUGAUCCUGUAACUUGGGCCUCGCCGUUGUCAGAGGACAACUCUGGAAUAUCCUUUGUCAAUCAAACCGUAGGUCCAAUUAACGGAUCUAGUUUUCCAGUGGGACAAACUGAAAUUCGAUACAUUGCAUCAGAUCUUGAUGGAAAUGUUUCCCCUGAAUGUGUUUUCUUUGUCAUCGUUGAAGAAAUAAUUUGUGAACCGCCUCUCAUACUUGAUUCGUAUAUGACUAUCGAAUGUCCGGACGGAUAUACCUAUGGAUCUACAUGUAAACUUGGCUGCAAAAGCGUAUUUCCUCUCAUUGGACAAAGCAAUAUUACAUGUGAAAAAAACAUCACUGCUUAUCCUUUAAAGGGAUAUUGGAAUGCAGGUGGCACGCAACCUUAUUGCCAAAAAAACCCCUGCAAUCCACUUCCAUCGCCAUUGAAUGGAGCAAUGGUGUGCGAUACUUGGUUGUAUGGACGAUUUUGCCAAAUGCAAUGCACAGACAAAUUUGAUAUUCCAUACGGCGUAGCUGGAACAAAUGGUGGAAGCUUUACUGGCGCCUAUACAUGCAGUGAUCUUCAAGGAACUUUCACGCCAUCCAAUGUUGUGGCUAAUUGUACAGUUAGGAAAAAUCCACGGAAAACAGGUAUUUUGGGGGAGUUUUCCUAUUACACAGGAGACUGUAAUGACGCAACCGUUCUGACAGAUAUUAAAACAAACUUCAUAAACCUCAUGCAAUAUCAAGAGAAAAGAGGCUUUGCUGGUGUUUGUCCUGAUGAAACUGAGUGUAAUGUAAACAAUACAGUGGUUACUUGUGGACCUGUUUCGGGACGUAGAAAAAAAAGACACACUCAUGAAAUAGGCACAUACAGUGGAUAUAACAGUAUGCCAACGGACAGAACCAAAAGGAAUACACAUGAAAUACGUGUUGAAACAUUACUGACAACUUCUUGGUACAAUUUUAACUCUUCCAAUGUAGACACGUUCUAUUUCCUUGAAAGUCUGCAAACUAAACUUUUCGACGUUAUAAAAGAUCUAGGUAGAAAUGGAAGUCUAACAGUAAGAGCUUUGUCUCCAGAUAACAACAGUUUCCAACUUGGCUAUAGUGAUCCUUUCUGUGAUGAGGGUCUUGCGGUCAGGUGGAGUACCUUAACUUGUGUUCCCUGCUCUGUUGGUACGUACCUAGACAACACAGACCCAUGGAAUCCAAAAUGCUACGAUUGUCCCAAAGGAACCUACAAGGAUACAGAAGACGCCCUAUCGUGUACAUCGUGUCCUGUCGGCACUUCAACCUUAAACCAGGCGUCCAUUAGCGAGAACGAAUGCAUAGCCCAGUGCAAACCCGGGGAGUACUCCGUUUCUGGUCUUGUUCCCUGCAGCCCGUGUCCACGGUCCUCUUAUCAGCCACAAAGUAUGUCUUCCACGUGCUUAGCCUGUCCUCCAGGGAAAAGUUCAAAAUCUGGAAGUACAAUGCUGUCUGAAUGUAAAGAUUUUGAUGUUGUUUUCAAACAAUCCGGAGACAGUCUUUCGUUUUCUGCCAAUUUAACAUCGGAAGAAACACAGCUCACAAUAUCAAUGUGGAUUAAGAUUCCAACAGCCCUUAACAACAUUGCACUUUAUAAAGCAGGCACGGCAUCGUGUGACAUCGAAAUUCUAUACAGGAACAUGCUAUACUUUAUAAUAAAUGGCAACGAAAUAUCUUCGAAUAUAACACUGAACACUGAAACAUGGACUCAUGUGGCUUUCAUUCUGGACACUACAAACCAGUUCGCGCAUAUAUUUAUAGACGGUACUAAGACAUUCUCUACGUCCAUUCCACUAGCACCUGGAAUAUCCGUGAUAGAUUCUUUCUCCUCUAUCAUUGUACAAAAUAACCAAGAAAACAUCAAUAGUGUUGCAGUGUCUGGCUAUAGACUUAUAACCGGUGUUUCCAGCGAUUCUGACGUUGCACAGCUUGCCUCAAUGUGUAAUGCGUCAUUGUCAUCCCUUAUUGAUCUAACAAUAGAAAAUCUGAUUGGAGCAUCAGUAGCUGUGCCAAGCGUCUGUUAUAGCACAAACCACUGCAACCCUAAUCCUUGUAACGGGCAAAUUUGUGUGUCUGAAGCACAGAGCUUUGUGUGUCAAUGUGAAAAUGGCUUUACUGGAGAUAAUUGCCAAAACGCACCAAGGCUUUGUUCCGAGACCACUUGUGAUAACGCAGGCACCUGUACGAACAACGGGGUUAACUUCACUUGUAUCUGCCCCACGGGAUAUCGAGGGAAACGAUGUGAAAUACAAAUAGUGAAUGGCGGUUGGAGCGAAUGGAACGCUUGGGCUUCGUGUUCUACAACGUGUAAUGGUGGAAUGAAAACAAGAACUCGAGAAUGCAAAAGUCCUCCGCCGGAUUCUGACGGCAUACCAUGUGAUUCUCAGUUUUUCUCGGAAUCUGUUGCAUGCAAUACUGCCCCUUGUCCAUCAUGUUCGGAAUUACCAAAAUCAUUUGGGACCAAAUCCAACUGUUCUACUAAUCAAGAUGGAAAUACUGCUUGUUCACUGUCUUGUCGCCCAGGAUUGAUUUUCUCAAUCGCGAACCCGCCUUUAGAUGAAUAUAUAUGUGGUCCGGGUACUGCUUACGAAUGGAACGGAAUACCACCGGCUUGUGGACGAGGACAUGGACCAAGAAAUGUCCAGAUUAAAGCCAAUGUCGGCUAUGGUCGCCUCAUUCCCUGUACGAAAGCUGCUUCUGUCGCCCAGUCCUUAAAAAACAAUAUGCAGGGAGGGCUGCAGUGUAGAUACAACAACAUUUGCGAUGUUCAGGUGGAAAUUUCCGAUUGUGCAUUAUAUGGAAGAAAGCGGAGAUCGACUAGUAGCAGCAUCGUAGUUACUUUAUCAGUCACGUUCACAAGUACCGAUAUUGACUUGACAUCUUAUGACUUGUAUGAAAACAUGAGUCAGCCUCUGGCGGAGCUCUUCACGGCAAUAGACGAAUUAUCAGCAUCUGCCGACCAACUGAACUCCUCGUACAGUCUGUUGAGUUUUGUUGUGGACGGAAUCACUUACACAUCAUCAGAUGUUUCUCUGACGGACUCCGUACUGUGUGAAUCUACUUUUGGAACCACAGAUGUUCUUUGUGUGGAAUGCCCAAGUGGAACAUAUUAUCUUCAAGGUCUGUGUGAGGUUUGUCCCAUCGGGACUUACCAAGACGAGAUGGGUAAAACGUACUGCAAAACAUGUCCUAGUGGGUAUACUACACAGUUUGUCGCCAGUCAAAGCUCUACUGCUUGUUCAGUGCCCAGUUCUGCAAGCACUACAGAAAAUAAUGUAAAACAAUUUUUAGGGUUAGAAAAUCAGUAUUUUCUCAUAAUCAGCGCCAGUGGAUCCUUGAUCGUGAUUAUAGCAGUUGUGGCUAUUGUUUCUAUUUGUAUAUACCGCUGUACAAAAAGAUCCCAAUCGAAGAUCAACACAGAGAGAAGUAUAUCUAGAGUAAAUCGAAACACAUUGACUCCCAACGGUUCACCCCCUCCGUAUGAGGCUUGGGGGUACAAGAAAUAAUAUGCUCACCUGUAUGUCGAAAACUUGGUGAUCGGAUUUGCAAAUUAUUUAUUUUAAAUCGUCUAGAUAAAUGUUCCUUGUUAGUGAUAGUGCAUUACGUGUACGUGAAUAUUUGAUAUAAAGGGCUCGUAUGUUGACUGUGAUAUUAUAUAGCAUGUGUGGGUGGUUUGAGUUACGAUAUCCUUGUUCAAUGAUUUGAAAUUAUCUCGAGCUUCAUUUUACUUGACUUUGUAAGCCUUUGCUUAAAAGUUUCAAAAAUUAUGGAUAGAGUAUAAUAUAUCUCUUGUUUAGAUUUUAAUAUAUCGUUUGUUAGGAUUUGUGAGGGAACGAUAUAAAUUUUAUCUCCCUAAGUAUUAUUAAUAGUGGAUGGUACUAUUUAGUUCUAGUCACUUGUAAGGGUUUUGUCUUUAAUUUUUAAAUGUUUCAUGCAUAUAUGACUAAUGUCUGUGUUGUUCUUGUUCAUCAUGAUUUUUAUUCAAUUACUUGUAUAUGUUAUUUAUCUUAUUAAUCUCCAUGUCAGUAUUUAAGCAGCAAUUUUGCUAUUUCUAAUGACUAAGUAACUAAUGUUAGCUGCUUAGGAAGCUUCAAUGCCAAUUUCUCAGUUUUGCUCUAAAAAAAAAUUGCAGUUUUAUUAACAUUCGUGGGCAUGAAUUUUCUUAGAUAAAAUCAAAAUAGCACAGUGUUGCAGAUACAAAAUUUGAUGGAUAAUGAUCUAGACGAUACUUUAAUAAUGUUAUUUGAAGAAAAAAAUGCACUUCAAUUACCAUUUAUAAUUUCGAUCAAUUCAACAAUGAAAUUAAAGAAAACUGGUACUCAACAAAUAUUAAUGAACUCAAGCCACAGUGUAGUUUGCUAAGUUUAGUGAUACAAAUGUUAUUGCUUUAUGAUGAUGAUUUGUGAUUUGGUAGUUCUGAAAUUGAAAUAAUAAUGAACAUUUGCCUAAAAAUGGUAAUUCAUUGUUUAAUCCUGCAUUCUCGUACUAUUGUGUACAAAGAUACAGACAGAUAUUUUCCAAAACAGUUUUUAUUGUCAGGUAGCAAAAUAUUCAUUUCAUAAAAUAGACACGUGCGUGCAAUAGUUGUACAGAAACUUUAUUAUCUUGUAUUGCUAUAUUUUUUUUAAUGAAAGAAGCUACACAAUUUGAA